AUGACACUUGAAUGUAAAAAGCCUUCGUGCUCUGAAAUAAAAUCUCAGUUAGAUAAGUAUCGUCUGGAACAUUUAACACCGUGUGAAGUGGAACUUACACUCCCGACAGUUGUUGAAAAAUCUGCAGAAAAGUCAGAUGAAACCCCAUCAAGAUUUAUUGCAAUUUUGAAUUUAUGGUAUAUUCAGCUUACCAUUACUUUUCUUUUAUGGAUAGCAGCUAUACUGAUUGAGUUCGGGGCUGUAUUUUUUGUCAUUGCAUCAUUAUACUGGUUAUGGGUAUGGGGUACAACAAGAAAUCCUAAACCACGUGUAUCGAAUAAUCCUGAUGAACAAAUUAUAUCAGCUGGUUUCUUUUUCGAUACUUCACCUAUUCCCUCUAAAGGUGUUUUUUAG